AUGCUUGCUGCUUCACAAGAAAUCGACAGUUUCAUUGAACGUCAAAGAUCAAAACUUAAUAAACAACCAUCACAACAACCUAUUAAUCGACAAACUACAUUUCAACAACCAGCAUAUCAACCACCUCCACGUCAACAAACAUUUCAAUCGAAUGAUAUUCAAGAUCGACUUGAUUUUAAAGUUGCUCGAAUUUUAGAUGAACCACCACCACGUGUUCAACAACAACAGCAGCAACAAUAUUACCCUCCUUCAUCACCACCACCACCUAUGAAUAAUAAUAAUAAUCUAAGUGCAGAGCAACAAAGGCAGUAUUUUUCUGAACAACAGCAACAACAACGUCGUUCAUCAAAUGAUAAUACCGAGAAUAAUUCAGCAUCAUUUUUUAAUAGAUUUGGAACGUAUGAUGAUAAACGUACACAAUUAAAAGAUGAUUUAAAACGUGAAUAUAAUGAAUAUUUACAAGCACAAAGAGGUCUACCUAAAAGUAAAUCAUCCUCACAAUUAGUAUCACCACGUAAUAAUAUAACUAAACAUGUACAAUUUCAACAACAACAACAGCAACAAAAUAAUAAUAAAGUUGUUGCACCAUGGGAAAAAAAUGAAAAAAGAUCAGUAUCAAAUAUUCAAAAUACAAAUAAUAUGUCAUCAACAUUAACAUCAAAUGAAUAUACAGUAAAUCGUUCUCGAACAAAUACAUCUAAUAAUCAUGAUGAACAAUAUAUUCGUGAUCGAGAAGAAUAUGUAUUAGAAUUACAUUCACAAAUACGAGAAUUAGAAUCAAAACGAAAACAACUUGAAAUAGAUGCGAGCAGAUUAUCUGCUGGUGGAUCAUCAAUGGUUACUCGUGCACAUUAUAAUGAGGAUUUAAGUGCCUUAAAUUCUUUACUUGCAGAACGUUUAGAUCAACGUAAUUCAGUUGAUCAUGAACUAGCUCGUAUUCUCAAUCGUCCACCAGUUUCUUCCAGUCCAACACGAGGUAUAACAGGUGGUGUAUCAAAUCUUAAUCUAAUAUCUGAUCCAUCUCAACAAAUGUCAUCACAAGGAUAUCAACAACAACAACAACAUGGACGUCAUGUACAACAAUAUAGAAAUGAAAAUCGAUCGGGAACAAAUGACAAUGGAUUCACCAUUGGUCAGGAAGUCGACAAAGAUGCUGAACAAGCAGCAAAAAAACGUUAUCAACAAGAACUUCAAGCACAAAUGCGUGAAGCACAAAUGCGUAAAGCACAAGCUAAACAAGAUAAAGAUGAAUAUGACCGAAAAAUAGAUGCAGAAAUUCAAAAUUAUAGUUAUUUUGGUCGUAGUGGUGGUGGUGGCGGUGCACCCAUGCGAGAUAAAGAUGGUAAUGUU